AUGUCUCCACCGAAUAAAAAGAAGACAAAGAUUGAUUUAGAGGCACUAUGCUCCGAAGUAUGGGAGCAUUUUCGCCAGUACCUUGAUUCCGUAGAAGAAAACGGUGGAGAGGGUGAUGUUGACGAGCUUCAGGAAAUCAUCGAGCUAUCGGAGGUGCAUGUCAAGUACUCCGAUUCACCGUGGACUUCUGUGGUGGACUUGUUACCCGUACUUUUAUCGGUCGCAUACAAUACACUUGCAGACCUUGCAAUUGGUGAAUAUCUGUCCACAAGGGACGAUAUGCAAUCCGAGCAAAGGGACCCCAAGAAUGAUGGAGCCAAGCAAGUCCAAUCCCUUUUGAUAAAAUCUUUGGAUUUCUUUCCUGAAAAUGCUGCAACAUGGUCUAUGGGUGCAAAUUUUGGACGUAUGACGAAUCAAUUGUCGCCAUCCAACUGCCGACAGUGGUACCAGUGUGCUGUGGAAAAUGCGAGUCGGCUACGAUCGAAAGCCUUGGAGAUCUUGAACGACGAAGACGUGGAAGACUUGCUUUUAAAAGAAUGGAUUGAAUUGUUGAUACUGAACCAAGUGGUGGGGGUCGAAUUUGAGCCGACUCAAGAGGAGAGCGAGGAGGAAGAAGAGGAUCUAGAAGCCGACGACAAGAAAAGCGAGGACGAAAAGGAAGAGGAUGAUGACCAAGACAAAGAAGGCGAGUAUUCUGCAUCAACAGUAGAAUCAACCGCCCGCUUCAUGUGCGCUAUGCUGUGGUCGAUGGUUGAUCACCAAACUGCGCUGAUGCAUUUGAAAAAGCUUCCUGUCACACACCGUUUGCAUCCAAAUGUUUGGACGUUGCAGACAAAAGCACCCGAUAGACGCGUGUCCAAAGCACCCCUUGCAUUCCGACCUCAAGAUGGAGUCUUGCCGCAAAAACUAUACGCGUCCAUAAAAGAUACGUUUUCCCCGGAUGCGGAGUAUUGGAACGAGAGUGACUAUUCUAAUAGAGGUUACUAUUCGUACUUUGUGGAGUAUAAGAAGAACAUUGCGCCACGAAAUCUGAUUGAAGAUGUGAUUGUAAAUUAUUUGUUACCACGAGCCAAGCAAGUCCUAUGCAAGACCGAUGCAGAAUCCAUUUGUGGGUUCGAAUGGUGGGUUCAUACAAGGUCCAUCAAAGCAAACCUUGGGCAUAACCUUCACUUUGAUACCGAUGAAUCUAUGCUCCAGCAAGAAAAGAAAGUGACGCAUCCAAUACUUUCAUCAGUUUUAUAUCUAACAGGUGGGGAUGACGACAACAAGGGAGGCACAACUAUCAUACUCAACCAAACUCCUGAUUCCAAAGAGGUUGCCGAUUCUGCCUGGCUGAGUGCUCCUAAGGAUAAUUCGUUCCUUCUUUUUCCAGGCAAUCUCUUGCAUGGAGUUCUACCGUGCCCAGGAAGAGGUCAACCAGACGACAAAGAAGAAGGGAAUACCCCGCAGUCGCAAAAAGACUUGAUUCGAUCAUGGAGAAAUCCUCAGAAAGGGGAAACUGCGAAUCGAUUGACGUUCAUGGUCGGCUUUUGGACCAGAAAUGUUCCGAAGUCUAUGAAACAACGACGAUUAUAUGGGCCUUGUGGGCCUCUUCCACCGGCCACAGGCGAUCACUCUUGGGUGCAGAAUAUAACAAAAGGCUACGACAAAUCAUCUCCAGUCGAAAGUGGAGGCACAGAUUCAGCGAUUCUUGGCAGUCCAUUGGUGCAAGUAUCACCUGCAUGGGAAGUGAUUGAUGGUCAAAAAGAAGAAACUCCAAGCGAAGAGCUUCAACUAGAAAUCCCUCAUACGAUUGAUCAUCGCUUCUUCGUUCGCAAUGCACCCGAAUGCUUUCGAGACAGUCUAUUUGAGGAUAACGAUGAUGACUAA